AUGGAGUUCUCUUCUCUGAUUGUAUCAAAUCAUAGAAAGCAUAUUGCACUUGUGUUCAUUUGUUUAGUAUUAAUCUUGAAGAUAGCCUUUGUUUCUUCUGACAAUCAGGAGAGCCAGAUUUACACGGUCCAUUUGGGUGAGAGGCAACACGAUGAUCCUAAACUUGUUACUGAUUCACAUCAUGAUAUCCUCAGAUCGCUUCUUGGAAGCAAAAAAGCUUCCCGUGAGUCUAUGAUUUAUAGUUACAGGCAUGGCUUCUCAGGCUUUGCAGCGAAGCUCACACCAUCUCAAGCAAGGGAACUCUCAGAGCAUCCGGAUGUUGUUCAUGUGACGAGAAGCAAGUAUAUGAAGCUGGCAACAACAAGGGUGAGUGAUUACUUGGGACUCACUCGAACCACUCCAACUGGUCUCGUCCAUGAAACUUAUAUGGGAAGUGGAGCAAUCAUAGGAAUCCUGGACACGGGAAUAUGGCCAGAUUCAAAGUCAUUCAGUGACAACGGUCUUGGACCAAUCCCGGCACGUUGGAAGGGAAAAUGUGUUUCAGGAGAAUGGUUCAACGCAUCAUCAAGCUGCAACAGAAAGUUGAUAGGAGCUAGAUACUACGCAAAGGGUCUCCUCGAAAGUUACAAUGGGACAUACGAUGCGAUGGAGAAAGGCGAGGUCAUGUCCCCGUUGGACGUAACCGGUCACGGGACCCAUUGUGCAUCGAUCGCCGCGGGUUCUUUCGUCCAGGACGCAAGCUUCUUAGGUCUAGGCUCGGGAACCGCCAGAGGCAGCGCCCCGCUAGCCCGCAUAGCUUCUUACAAAGUUUGUUGGAGCAAAGAGGUGUGUUACGCACCGGAUAUUUUAAAGGCCAUGGAUCACGCCAUUCGAGAUGGCGUCGAUGUUAUAUCGAUGUCGCUAGGAUCCACGAUACCGCUUGAUUUCGAGGUUGAUAGAAGUGAUUUAGCUAUUGGUGCUUUCCACGCCGUCAUGAAGGGGAUUCCCGUGGUAUGCGCUGGCGGGAACGAUGGUCCCCAUACGCAAACCGUCUCGAACGUUGCUCCGUGGAUCAUAACCGUCGCGGCUACGACCAUGGACCGAGAGUUCUUCACGCCCAUCACUCUUGGAAACAAUGUAACCGUACUGGGUCAAGAAUCUCUAUACACGGGAAAAGAAGUCGGAUUCGCUGAUAUUGUUUACUUGGAAGACUUGACAAAAAAUGAUUUUCUAGCCGGUAAAGCUAAGGGCAAAAUCUUGUUUGCCUUCCAAAUAGAAAAUUCAUUAGAUAUUGAAGAAUAUGCAAAAUCUAAUGGCGUUGUUGGCGUCAUUAUUGCGUCGAAUCCAUACGACCAUAUAGCACCGGGCACCACGGAUAUCCCUUAUGUCUACGUAGACUUUGAAAUUGGGAUGGACAUUAUGUUGUAUUUCAAAACAGCCAAAUUUCCAAAAGCUAAGAUCAGCCCUACCAAGUCAUUCGUUGGCCGACCCUUCUCGACCAAGGUCGCAAGAUUUUCGUCUAGAGGUCCCAAUUCAAUAUCUCCUGCCAUUCUCAAGCCUGAUAUAGCAGCACCAGGUUCAGGUAUACUUGCAGCCGUACCAUCAGAAGAAGGAUACGGAUUCAAGUCGGGGACAUCGAUGGCUACACCUGUUGUUUCAGGAAUAGUCGCACUUCUUAGACAAAAACGCCCUGACUGGUCUCCUGCUGCAAUCCGAUCCGCUCUCGUCACAACCGCAUUACAAACGGACCCAUUCGGAGAGCCUAUUUCAGCGGAGGGUUCCCCGCGUAAACUUGCUAGCCCGUUUGACUUCGGAGGCGGUCUGGUGAACCCGGGGAAAGUAGCAGACCCGGGACUUGUCUACGACAUGGGCUACGAUGAAUAUGUUCACUACUUGUGCUCCGCAGGCUACGAAAAUAAAUCCAUCUCAAAACUACUUGGAAAAAUAUACACUUGCCCUUCUCCAACUCCAUCCAUGCUUGAUGUCAACGUGCCUUCCAUCACGAUUCCAUACCUCAAUGAAGAGAUCAUUAUAACUAGAACUGUGACCAAUGUUGGACCGGUUGGUUCGGUUUACAAAGCUGUGAUCGAAGCGCCUCUCGGUAUUAAACUUCAGGUGGGUCCUGAGACUCUAGAGUUUGGUCCCAACACCAAGAAGAUUACAUUUACGGUGAAAGUCUCCACGACUCAUCGAUGGAAUACUGAUUAUAACUUUGGGAGCUUGACUUGGACUGAUAAUGGAGCUCACAAUGUUAGAAUACCUCUUUCUGUGAGAACAAGAUUUUCUAACUUGAAGAUAUAA